AUGUACGAGGGAACGCGUGAUGAAGAGCGAGGCAUCUUCAUCCCUCCUCCCUUGAGCGACGACGAGAGCAACGGCGAGCAGGAUGCUGCGGCUGAGGCCCUCGCCGUCGAUGGAGAGGAGCUGGGAGGCAUCAGAACCACCUUUCGGUUUCCUGUCUGGCUACAGGAGUCAUCCAAAUCUUUUCGCUGGCGCUGGGUCCCUCUGCCCUUACGAAAGGCUGUCCGCGCGACAGCACGCUGGGUCAAAGGCCCCGAUCCACCUCGAGAUCUUCUCUUCAAGCCUCUGUUCCCCAGCAUUCAAGAGCUGCCUGUCAAAUACCUGAAUCGCUUUUUCCCCAAACGGCGUCACAAAAUCGCACUACUGCUCUUGCUCUAUUUCAGCUGGUUUCUAUCCUGGUUCUUAGUGUUGCUUCAUUCGUCCUCGUCAGGUCACAUUGAGGGCUACGGCAGGCCUCAGCCUAUCUCUUGCUCAGCCAGUUACUGGGCUUCUGGAAAUCAAUGCGGCCUUAACGGAAAUGAUUGCAGGCCUUUCAGUUCUUCCAAGUUCUCCUUUCGCUGUCCUGCAAACUGCAAAUCCACGAUCCUGCUGGAGCCGCAUACUGUUGGAAACCAGACCCUCAAUUACGAACCGCUGGUGGUUGGUGGUCCGACUCCGGACUCGUCUCUGCCGGGCAUCUAUCGGGCAGACAGUUUUAUUUGCCAAGCGGCGAUCCACGCCGGUGUGGUUUCGAAUGCUGCUGGCGGCUGCGGCGUGGUGACGCUGGAAGGUGCUGCGCACUCGUACCCGUCCGUCUCACAGAAUGGGUUGACAUCAAUUGGCUUCCCAUCCACUUUUCCCAAGUCCUUCAGUUUCGUCCGCCUGUCUCCGUCGCAGGCCACUUGCCCGCAAGACCCGCGAUGGCCUCUCCUGGGAAUCACCGUCGCUGCCGUGGUGAUCUUGUCGAUCUUCACGACUUCCCCGCCGGUAUUCUUCUUCAGUACCUUCUUCAUCUUGAUCCUUCAUGUCGGCCUGGUGUCCGACCCGCCAAAUCUUCCGACCCUGACAGACCUCUUCUCUUUGAUGCUCUCUCGCCUCCUCCCUGCGUCGUUCAUAGCAUAUGUACUCUAUCUGUACUGCGCGCGCCCGCUCUUGACACGAGUCUCUUCCCCUACCUACCAACUGAGCAGGACAAUUCUCUACUUGACCCCUGCGUUCAUUGGGGCGUUGAACAACUACACCUUUGCGGUUUGGAUUCCUCUGCAGCGUCUCACCCCGCAUGACCUCCAAGAACAGCCCGGCGCGAAAUUGGCGCUGGCCAUCGUGGUCAGCAUCAUCAUUUGCAUCGCUCUUACUCAAGCGUGGUAUAUCCGCCUCGCAGGACUGAUGCCACGCUAUCUCAAAGUGUACCUGGCAAUGGGUGCCAUCCUUCUCGUUUUACUCCCUUUGCCGGGUCUGAGACUCCGAAUCCAUCACUACAUUCUUGCCAUGUUGCUAAUGCCCGGCACUGCCAUCCCCACACGGCCCUCGUUGAUCUACCAAGGUCUGCUUCUUGGUCUCUUUGUCAACGGGGUCGCGAGGUGGGGGUUCGCCUCGAUCAUCGAGACCCCGGCAGCUCUUGGCGAGGAUCCAAGGAGUCCCCGGGGGGGCUGGUGGGGUGCGACGAGUCCGAAUAUCACUGCGUCAUCCGUCACCAUUGAGCUGGAGGACGCGCCUCAGAUCAUGCAUCACAAAUACCGCGGCAACGGUAACAUCACGAUCGACCUGUGGGAACCGGAGCGGAUGGCGGAACUAGGCGUGGACGGGGUGAGCGUGCUCGUCAACGACGUCGAACGCUGGCGCGGCUACCUAGACGAAGACCGCGAAGGCAAAUUCACAUGGCACCGCCACGGCCACCGCGGUCUCGAACUGGUAUCCACAAACAUCGACUUGAACAAGCCCAGCAGUACUGAAACUGCAGCAGACCACGACGCAGACGAACCAGAAGACUUAUUCUUCCGCUUCGCAUUCCUGCGCGGCGCAGAGGCCGGCCGAUACGGCGGCGUAGGCGUCUGGACCAAAGACGGGAGCUGGAUUCCGCCUCCUCCUCCGCCGCCUAUGCCAUGA